AUGGAUGGGUUUCAAAUGCCAGAUAUUGAUCACCUGGAGAUGUCACUGAAGGAAAAAAUUUAUGAUCUUGAGUGGAAAACGGAUGCAUUGGAAAAAAUUCAGGCUGAAUUAAACCAAAAUCGCCAAAUUCUCUACGAUGAACGAAUGCUUCUGAACCAAGAACGCAGACGAGUUCGAGAACUAGAACUACAAUUGAAAAGCUCCCAGGAAAUAAUUGAGUUACUUGAAACAGAAAAAGUUAAGUAUCAGCAGGAGAAAAUUCAAUUGCAAGUCAAUUGCGACACAGCAUCAAAGGAAAGAGACUCUCUUCUAAAUCAAGCUCGUAACGCCAAAGUAGAGAACAUAUUGCUCAAUUCCAAAAUUCAGCAGCUGGAAGAAGAAAUUGUCAAAAAAGAAUGUUUUGGCAAUGUUGUCGCAACAAGUCUCAAUCAAUUAAAAGAAGAAAUGACAAAACUCAGCCAAAAUCUACAGAGUAACUUCUCGAAGCUGGAACGGGAGCAAGAGUUGCUGCGGCAGUCGGUGAAAGUCACGACAAAGUUUAAUCAGCGUUUGAUUGUGAUGGGCAUGUGUGCGCACAUCGAGCAUCGAAAGCAGAGUGAAGCGCUAAAAGAAUUGCGAACCAAAUUUUUAAUGAAAGAGGUGGAGAAGAUGGAUAAGACUGAUAAGAUUGAAAGCUCGUCUGAUAUAGUUCCCAAGAUUCAAGCCAUUCUAGCCGAGGUGAAUAAAUCGGAGAGCGAGGAAGAUCUGGAGCUGAAUAGACGGUUGGAGGCAAUCAUUGAGGAUUUACGAAACGCAGACGAGGAAUAG